AAGGAUACAUGCAAACAGUGCACAUACAAACUCAUCUGAUUGUUGGGGUUAAUUUUUAACAAACACAUACGUGUCUUCUUCCACCAGCACAUAUUCAAAUUCUGCUCCAUAGAACCAAAUACACAUUUUAUUAUUUUUUUUAUCAGUGAUGACGCAUAUGUAAGAAAUACGUAAAUUAGGGGAAUAAAUUCAAAUGUGAUACAGACGCACACAGGUGAGAGAACAAUGUCAGUAUUUGUCAUCAUGUGUUUUUAUGAGUGUAAAAGAACAAACUGAAGAUGGGAGGAGCUGAAGAGGAGGACGUGAUGAAGAUCAAACCCAUAAUAUCCAUCUGUUCUAAUGAUUUAACAUUCAAGACAGAAAUGGAUGGAAACUAAUGAGCUUGGUAUUGUUUGUUUCGCUCAGAAAUGGAGGUUAUUGCAUUUCUAUCUCUUCUUAUCACAGCUGUCUUCAGUUUAUCUGCAUGUGUUCCACAUCAGUAUCACUUUGUGAAUAUGAAUUUGACCUGGACUGAAGCUCAGAGAUACUGCAGAGAGAAUUACACAGAUCUGGCCACCAUCAACAACAAGAAUGACAUAGAAGAGCUGCUGAAGAGUGUGAAUGAUGAUCAGGUUCAGUAUGUCUGGAUUGGGCUGCAGAAGACAGUCAGUUAUAAAUGGAAGUGGUCUCUGGGUGACCCUGCGUUCUACACAGGAAAUGAUUCACAGUAUUGCAAUUGGGCACAGGGACAACCAAAUGGUGAUGGUGACUGUAGUCACAUGAAUCCUGGACAAUGGCAUGAUUAUGUUUGUGCUUACAGCUUAUAUUUCGUGUGUUACAGUGACAGCAGUAAAGAAUACAUCCCUGUACUUCAGCCCAUGACUUGGAGAGAUGCUCAGAGUUUCUGCAGGGAGUUUUACACAGAUCUGGUCAGUGUGAGGAACCAGACUGAGAAUCAACAGAUUGAGAAGAUCAGGAAUGAUACACACAUUACAUCUGGAGUCUGGAUCGGUCUGUUCAGAGACUCAUGGGAGUGGUCAGAUCAGAGUAACUCCUCAUUCAGAAACUGGAGGACAGGUGUACCUGAUAAUGAUGGGGGGAAUGAAAACUGUGCAGUGGUUUGGGUCAAUACAGACCGUGGACAAUGGGGGGACAGGACUUGUAGUUUAAAAUAUCCCUUUGUCUGCCAUGAUGAUAAACUGGUUUUGAUUAAGCAGAAUCUGAGCUGGCCAGAAGCUCUGAAAUACUGCAGAGAGAAUCAUGUGGAUCUGGUGUCAGUUCACUCUGAGCAGAUUCAGCGUCGGGUGAUGAAUGUGGUUCAAAAGGCUUCCACUGCUGAAGUGUGGUUGGGUUUACAUCACUACUGCGCCAUGAACAUGUGGAUCUGGUUGAGGGGGGAGGUUGUGUGCUAUCAGAACUGGGCUGCAGGUCACGGGACAGGAGUGGACUGCAGGGAUGGACCGAGAGUUGGAGCAGUUCAGUCUGGAGGAGAUCAGCGCUGGGUCAGCCUUCCUCAAACUCACAAACUCAACUUCAUCUGCACCAACUAUGAAGACUGAAACAAGAUCAUCAACAUCUAGGCUACUGUCAGUGGAGUCUGAAUUUCACCAUGUUUGAUGUUUCAUUUACAACUUCUAUCUUUAAUGACAAUUCAUGCAAAAUCUUUGCAAACUCGUCAAAUGUUUUUAUAUGUUCUGUGUUAUUAAGGUCCUGAGAUGAAUCCUGUGAUCAGACUGAAUCAUUUCAUUUACUUUUUUAUUUCACUUUUAGGCAUGCCAUUUAGUAUCAUUGUGCCCAUGUUAACUUUCUAAAUAUUUGACACAGUAUCAUUAAUUUUUUUGUCUUGCGUUGUUUUACCAGGUGAAAGAUUAUAUUGUUUUCAACAAUCCUUAUUUAUAU